CCUUUAAUAAACAUAAAUAGUAGUGCCCGUCUGCAACUAUCUCUCUUUAUCACACAGGUUAUUGUCCUCCUCAUGGCUUCCCCUGUUUUGAUGGCAGCACGUGUCUGUCUUCUGCCGACUGCAACUUCUUGGAAGACUGCCCGGGGGGAGAGGAUGAAUUCCACUGUAACUGUGACUUUGAGAGCUCAUGUGAUUGGAUGGAGAGUUUCCUGGUGGUGGAGAUGGGUUGGAGGUUGGGCUCAGGUCUGUCUGUCACCUCCACUCUACCAGAAUAUGACUACACUGAGGACUCAGAACAGGGACAAUAUAUGUUUGUGGAUGCCAUGGAACACAACCCAGGAUUCACAGCUGAGCUACUCAGUCCAUUUUUUGGUGAAAGUGGGCCUCAGUGUAGGCUGAGAUUUGCCUAUCAUGUGUCUGCCCAUCUGAUGGGAUCCCUGCUACUGCAUAUGUAUGUGGACAACACUACCAUAGAGUUAUGGACAACGGAGGGUCAGAAUGUAACUAUACUAGAUCAGUGGAUAGAUGAAGAAAUCCCACUAGGGAAGGUUCAACAAGGCUUCAGGUUGGGCUUUGAGUAUAUUCAAGGGGAGAGCAUCAAAGGUCAUGUGGCACUAGAUGACAUCAUAAUGGAAUCAUGCUCACCGGAAUUGCCAACCCUGGGUGCCUGUGGUGAGAAGGAGUACACCUGCCUGAAUGCCCUUUGUGUUACCUGGGACCACCUCUGUGACCUCAGCUACAACUGUCUCUUUGGAGAGGAUGAAGGAGAGACCUGUACCCAGAUGCCCCAGGGAGCUUGGUGUGACUUUGAAGAUGGAAUAUGCGGAUGGUACAAUUUGGACAUGGUAGAUCAAUUUGACUGGAGCCGGCAGAAUGGAACAGAAAACACUGGACCAGCCUUUGACAACACACUCUACCAUGAACAUGGUCAUUACAUGUACAUUGAAGCAUCAAAGCAAAGAAGAAAUGAUGUUGCCCUACUGAGGAGCCCUGACUUCCCCUCACCAGUACAGGAGGUCUGGCAGUGCAAUUCCAGCUUCUUUGAAGAAUGUAAGGUGCGUUUCUUCUACCACAUGUAUGGGCGUCACACCGGGCAUCUAACACUUCUGGCUGUUCACAACGGAACGGAGCAAGUGCUGUGGAGCCAGUCGCAACAGGACGAAGGAGGGGGCUGGAUUCAGAGCAUUGUCACGCUACCAAGGAUUACCAGUCGGUUCUAUCUACAGUUUGCAGCUAAUGUAACAGCAGAUUGGGUGGAGGGAGACAUUGCUGUGGAUGAUGUGUCACUCAGCCCACAGUGUUUUGGACUAACUGUAGACUUCUUCCCGUCUCUGCCACCUGGGUCGCUCAUCCAUCCAGAGGGAGACACUAUAACAGCAGAAAAUCCCACCGAUGCCUGCAUGUACUCCUCUUUUCCCACCAUGCAAGCAGAGGAGCCCCCAAUGUACAGGUUUACAACCUGUGGUGCAAAAGGUCCCUAUGGACCAACUCAAUCCCAGUGUGACACAGAAUACAAGUACAAAACUGUGGCGGUGAAGGUACCAGGAGAGGGGCCUCUGCAGGGCAUCCAGAUAUGGACCAUCCCAGAAACAGAGGUGUACAGUAUUUCUGCCUAUGGAGCUAGUGGAGGUGUGGGUGCGAAGAACACAGAACAGUCCCAGGGGGCAUACAUCAAGGAAAAGUUCAACCUCACUGCGGGGGAGAAGCUGUACAUCCUUGUGGGACAGGAGGGCGAGAGUGCCUGCUCUAAGAUGGGAAAAUUUGUCAAUGGAACUCGUCUAAUUGCUCCCUACUGUGAAGGAAAGGUUCCGGAUGAUGUGGAUGAAAAGAGAUUUUCUGAAGUUGCUGGGGGUGGAGGAGGUGGAGGAGGAGCAUCUUAUAUCUUUAAGGUGAAUGAAGCAACAGGUGAAUACAUUCCACUGAUAGUAGCAGGAGGAGGAGGUGGGAAAGCAUACCGUCAGUCUGCUGAUCCGUUCUUUCCACAUGGGAUUGUGAAACCUCAGGGCAAAGGCACAAAUGGCUUAACUGGAUUUGCAGGUGGAGGAGGGGGCUGGAAUGACACCACAAAACAGCUGCAAGGAGGCAGGUCCCUUGUGGAGGGGGGGCAUGGUGGAAUGGCCUGCUCAGAAGCCAUCACGUCCCUGGGAUGGAGCACAGCAGGAGGAUUUGGUGGCGGUGGGGGUGCGUGCACAGCUGGAGGUGGUGGUGGCGGAUACACAGGUGGAGAUGCAUACAACACAAACAACCUUGAGGCUGAUGGCUUUGGAGGGUCAUCCUACAUGAGUCAAGAUGUCUUAUAUCAGGUUUAUUUACCAGGGGUUCAAAGUGGAGAUGGAGAGGUCCUAAUUGAGGUCAGCAUGCACUGUGACGAGUGCGAGUAUGAGUGCUACGACCUUGACCCAAAAAACAAAAAGUACAAAUGUGCCUGUCCCCCUGGUGAGGAGCUGGGUGAGGAUGGGCGGUCAUGUCUCCGCUUUUUAUGUGAGGACCCUGGCACACCACGGAAUGGCCACCGAGUCCCUGCUGUGGGGACUUCCUCCCUGCUGAAUGGUACGACUCUUGAGUAUUCCUGCAAUAAGGGAUACUACCUCUCCGGACCAAAAACCAUCACUUGUACCAGCGAUGGCACCUGGACUCCUGAAAACAACCAGCAAUGUCUUGACAUUUCAGUCUUGGCAGCUGUCAUCUCCUCUAUUGUGCUGUUUGCACUCAUCAUGGCAAUCCUCGCAGUGGUGUUUGUGUAUCGCCGUAAGCAGAAGCAGCUAAAGGAGGCUCGACAGGAGAUUCAGAGCCCAGAGUACCAGCUGAGUAAGCUGCGGAACCACACCAUCAUCACAGACUACAACCCCAACUACACCUUUGGAGGCAGCCAGGUCACACUGAACGACCUUCAUGAGAUCCCCCGAGACAAGCUGUCCCUUCUUAGACCUCUUGGGCAGGGUGCCUUUGGGGAGGUGUAUGAGGGGAUGUUGAAGAGCAUGCCUGGAGAGAAGCCACACCUUCCUGUGGCUGUAAAGACCCUUCCAGAGCUGUGCUCUGAACAAGAUGAGAUGGACUUCUUGAUGGAGGCUCUCAUCAUCAGUAAGUUUGACCACCCCAACAUUGUGCGAUGUAUCGGGGUGUGCUUCAAGCAGUCACCAAGGUUCCUUAUCCUGGAACUCAUGAGUGGUGGUAACCUUAAGAACUUUGUCCGAGAGCACAGGCCCAAAACUGGACAUCCCUCCAAGCUGACUAUGAUGGACCUGUUGGAGCUGGCCAAGGAUGUGGCACGGGGAUGUCACUACCUGGAGGAAAACCAUUUCAUCCACCGAGAUAUUGCCUGCAGAAAUAUCCUUUUGACAACAAAAACUGGGGCAGACCGCAUGGCAAAGAUUGGAGACUUUGGAAUGGCUAGAGACAUCUACAGGUCCAACUACUACAGGAAAGGUGGCAGAGCAAUGCUGCCUGUGAAGUGGAUGCCUCCAGAGGCCUUCCUUGAUGGAGUCUUCACCACCAAAACUGAUGUGUGGUCCUUUGGAGUUUUGCUGUGGGAAGUGAUGUCACUGGGAUACAUGCCCUAUCCAGGCAAGAGCAAUCAGGAGGUCAUGCAGUUUGUGACUGAGGGAGGCAGGAUGGACCCCCCACGGAACUGCCCUGGACCAGUGUACAGAAUAAUGACUCAGUGCUGGCAGCAGAACCCAGAGGAUCGCCCCUGCUUCUCCACCGUCCUGGAGCGACUGGGUUACUGCACACAGGUGAGUGAUCCAGACGUCAUCAACACCAGCCUGCCUGUGUGUGACCUUGUACCUGAGGAGGAGAACCACACGAUUGUCCGCCCUGACAACCACCAGAACCUGACUCCCCUGCAGGUGCACCGGCCCCUGACAGAUCCAGCCGAAACUGCAGAAGCCCAGACCACAGUGGCCCCGUCACAAGGAGCUGGCAGUGCUGCUGCCACUGGUGCCCCCGUGGCUAAUGCCAAUCAGAACCAGAACAGCACUCCACAAGAAGCUCCCAUUGCAAGAGGCAGCCCUGUCCAGAGGAGCCAGAGUCCUGCACAAGUGCAGGUGGAGCAGUUGGAGAGCAGCCCUGGAGGCACCCACGGGCGCUCCUGGAGGGAGGGUCUCCUGGUCAGGUCGGGCAGCCAGAGCACCUCCAACUCACCGGUCAGCACUUUGGAGAGGAAAGAGAAGUCCAAGAAAGAGAAGAAGAAGGACAAGGGAAAGGACCAGGGAAGUGUGAAGAAAGGCAGCAAAAAGGCUAAGCCGACAAACCUGUGGAACCCAACAUAUAACAGUUGUGAUGUGGGGGUAGAGACAGUGUCAGGCCGUGUGGGAGAACCCAACCGCAGUGUGCUGGAAACCAGUGCCUCAGCAGAUGACUCCGGGUUUGGCACAGAUGCAGACUUGGUGAGCAACCUUGCUCGCCAACGGUCACUCAGUUCAAUGUCUGAAGAGAGUAACAACAGAGAUUCAGGCCUCAGUUUGGACAAUGUGACUGUUUCUCCACAGUCUUGUUAAGCAGGCCUCAGUUUGGACAAUGUGACUGUUUCUCCACAGUCUUGUUCACAUGCUGGCUUGACCAACAAAUACAAGUACUCAAAACAGGAUACCGGAUGAUGUCAACUUGACAAAGAAACCGUUGAGUUUCUGAGUUGUUGUGUCUGCGUUUACUGGUAGAUCUCAGUCAUUUCUUGAAUGUAGAAGUCUUGUUAUGUGUGACAUGUGUGCAUAUAAAAGUACUGCACAUGUAUGUGGCAUUGUAAUGCUUGUUCAGAAUCACAUUUUGUUCAGCUUGAUGCUUUUGUUUUGUUCUGUUUCUCUCCAUCUGAUUAGCCUGUCUUGUGUAGUGCCAGGUAGUACUUAGUGUGAGAUUACAUUAUGUAUAAAUGAAAUCUACCUAUUGUGUGUACCUCAGUUCUGUGUAUAAUUCUGCAGGUAAGUACUGAGUAUUGUUGCCAUCAGUAGAAAUUACUUAUUGAUUUGUAACAUCAUCUGUUCCUAUCCAAGAAAAUGAAGGUCACUAUAAUCUGUGACAAAGUCAAAACAUAUUCCAGUGUGUGUUGAUGUUGGGGACAUCAACAAUCAUCACAAUGGGCUAAGCAAACCUGGCAGUCUGUAUCACCUGGAUCCAGGAUGCUAUGAGCACAGUACCCGAUGAUGGGAAAGAUGCUGCCUCUGUUUGGCACCAUGUUGGAUGGCCCUGAUUAUCAGUAUUCUUAGUUAGUGAGCAACAGGGACAUUAACAUAGAAUUAGAGCCUUUUGCAGGCAGGUUAAUGUGUACACAUGAAGAAACACAAGACUAGAUGGCUGCUUGGCAGCAGGGCUUCAGAACUCCAGGACAUAGAUGACAAUCUAACCAUUGCAGCUUGGUACCAUGAAAAACAUGAAUGUAACAAUGUGCUUUUGUAAGUUCUUUGCAAAAUUUACAUGUAUAUAAUAACAAGGGUAUCGUUUUACAUAUUUAGCCAGGUAAUUUGAAUUGUGAUCUACUAGUUGUGUAUGAUAGGGUUCUAAGCUAAGGUGUAUAAGAUUGGUAAGAAGAAUGACAUUGUUGCAAUGAGUGUAAGUUUGUAUGCUCAGCAUGCCAUAAUACACUAGGUUGUAGUAAGUUUUUGUGACCUUAAAUGUCACAUUCAAGUGGACAACAUUUAUGUAGCGGUAACCAGGUAUACUUAAGGAAAGCGAUGACUUCUA